UUUGUACGUAGCAAACGCAGGCCAAACGCCGGGCGAAGUGCUAGCGAUGCCGCGAUCAUUCGUCUCGCGCGCCGGGCACGGGCGGUCGCGUACAUGCAUGCGGUGCAUUUUUUUAAAGCCUACCCGCAAUUCACUGCUAAAUUUAUAAAUAAAAAGUAAUUUAAAAUAUUUGAAAUAAGAACAGUUACAAAACGAAUACGCGAUAUUAUAACACGCACACGCUGAGUGACAGUUUAUUAUCUUGUGUGUGUAUUAAUUAGAAAUUAUACGAUAAUAAAUAUUGAAUUGUUAAGCAAACAUUACGCAAGUGGGACUAAUAAAAUAAAUAAAGUGGUUUAAUGUGGACAUUUAAAUAAAUAAACACGGAUUUUUGGAUGAAAGCAAAUAACCGAGCACGUCAGAAUUGAAAAUGUCGUUGGAACAUCAAUUGCCGGUGUUGAUGAAAAAGACGCAGAUGAGCGGUGACCGCACCGGGCCCCAGUGCGGUUUGACGUCGCUCCUGCCGAUGUCUUGCCGCGGCCGGGCUGCAGCGUUCGCCCGGGACCUACACUCGCGCCUACGGAACCUCGGAGCGACACAAGAGGGCGAAUGCGAGAACAGCUGGCUCACGCGUGAAAAUCCCACGCACCGUCCGAAUAACUCCACACACACACAACGAGAACUCGAUACGUUCUAUGACUUUGAACUCGAAUGCGGAAGUCCGUCCAGUCCCGUCAAUGAAUACGACGCACCGUUCCCAGAGAGACCGACCGAAGAUACAGAUCCGCCUUUCUACGAUGUCAAUUCAGACGUUGAUAACAAAGAGCAGUGUAAAAUAACAUUAAAGCAACCAGAUAAAGGAAAAAAUGGGUUCAAGUUUUCCACAGCAUUUUACACAGAGUCGCCAGUUAAAAUCCAACCGACAGCAAAAGAAAAUGGCCAUGUAGAUAAACCACUAUACUCUCCAAUUACAUUUGAAGGCUGCGCUCGACAAAAUAGCUACGAUGAACUCGAUUGUUUAGUACAGCCCAUUGCAGCUUCGGAUCGGUUAAGUGUUAUUUCACAAAUAAAUUCGACAUUGGAUAGCGACUCGGAAUUCGAAUCAGCAAAAAGUGAUCCCUCCGAUGUUGUUGAUGAUGUCUCACAGAGUGAAAAUACUUUGGAAAAUGAUCUGACAGAGGUUGUAGAAAUUUUGUCAAUUACCGAUAGUGAGAUUAUAAAUGACGAAGAAAUUACAUCAAAUAGUGUGGAAAAACAGAACGAUGAAUGUAGUGAAAAAGUUGUUUUGUGUAAUGGUUUAAGCAAUGGCAUAACAGAAAUAGUUACCAGUGAAGUUCUUGUCGAAAAAGAACAGUCACCCGUGCCUGAAAUCGAUCCAAAAUUGCUCAGUACUGAAACAAAAGUCGAGGACGAGGGAGAAGAUGACCGACCACAGCGAGUUCGCAGAUGUUCGUCGUUGAAAACUGGAAAAACUCCACCUGGAACACCAGGUAGAAAGAAAAUUGUUCGCUUUGCUGAUGUGCUAGGACUCGAUUUGGCUGAUGUGAAAACUUUUAUGGAUGAAAUACCAGUAAUUCCAAAAUCUGCUUACGAUGAUCUCUCCGGUUGUGACGUACAAUGUUCACCACCUACAAGGCCUACCCCUCGUCUCGGUGCUCUCACUCUGGUUCCUCUAUUCCAACUCCCACGUGAUGUUACGGAAAAGCUUGAAAAACAAAACGUAUGCUUAGAAAGUUCGCGGGUCUGUGACGGUGUUCAUGUCACCAUAUGUGGCUCAGUUCGAGUGCGAAAUUUAGACUUUCACAAGACAGUACACAUACGUUACACGAUGAAUCGCUGGAGGACGUACACGGACUUGCAGGCGACGUACGUACAAGGAUCGUGCGACGGAUAUUCAGACCGUUUUCAAUUCGUUUUAUACGCACCGUGUAUUUCGUCGGGUCAGAGGAUGGAAAUUGCGGUGAGAUUCCAAUGCAAAGGGCAGCAAUUCUGGGACAAUAAUAACGGAGCUAACUACUGUUUCGAUUGCUUAGCACUCGGCGCCGUGGCUUCUCCGACUUCUCCCGCCGCCCUGCAUCCUACCGUGGACUGGCAUCCGUCAUUCUACUGAGACAGCAUUGUGUGCGUGGUAGGAGAUGAUUAAAUGUUGCCUGAAGGUGACUGGCGAUCACAAAUGAAAAGUCCGGAGGUCUCACCUCGGCUGUGUCGGCUAGCGGGGUCCGUAGAUGGUCACAUUCCUGUGCCUGAUUCAUCUGCAGCUGCGAUGAGUCCGUUCGCGAGUGAACGUGGAGUCCUAAAUCAUUGAGGCUUGAAUUGUAAAACAUUUUGUGAUAUACAAAUAGAGUAAUCGUAGAAUAAAUAUAUAACGAGUGAUUCUACUCGUUUAGAGUGCCAUUUGCCGUAACGACUUUUUAUGUUUGUCGAAUUUUGUACUAUUGUUAAUUUAUAGUGCAGGUCCUUGCGGACAAUAAAGAAGCAAUAAGAGAUGGUUGAGGAGAUGCGAGGCGCGUGAGCUAGUCCUCUUGUUCCUUUGUAAAUAUAUUGAGAGAUAAAUUCUGAAUGAUAUUAAUAUUUUAAUACAAUUUUUUUAUGAAACUGUGUCGUGUUGUACAACAUUCAUGUCGAACAAUCACCUAGUUAGAAAAGAUUUUAUUCACAUAACUACGAAAUUAGAUAAUGAAAUAUAUCAUAAAUAAUUAAAAUAUGUAAUAUGACAGAAUUAGUCUUUGUUAGGUUUUUAUGAAGUUUUACGAAUUGUUAAAGUAGAUGUCAAGUUUAAUCAUUAUAACCAACAUAAUUAUAUAGUAAAGUGGGAAAUAUGUACUGUUCUAUAAUAUGUUACGAACUUGAUACAAUAUUUUCUAUUUUUAUAUUUACAAUUUCAUGACAAGCUGUUAAAAUACUUCCUACAAUAGAAUUUAUGAUACACGUUGUUUCGGCUUUUGAUAUUCUAUUUUAAACAAAGACUAAUAGAAAUUACGGAAUUAAAUUAUUAUUAUUACUUAUAAGAAAUCAGAAAUAUUUAUUACGAUGGUUUUUAUUUUGUAUGUACCUGAAAUCUUUUAAUGUGGCCAUAUUAAUUAUUACUAUAAUGAAAAUAAUGCGGAAACGGAUUUUAUAUUAUUGUUACUUUUUGACACCUGUUUUAGCAAUGAACCUACGAAUAAAUUAAUGUGCAUAAUAUUAUA